GAGGCGAUCUUCAGGCCGACCUUGCCCGAAUCCCAUAAACCGAUAUUCAUCCACGGGACGGUCGCUCUCAACAACAGGGACACGGUGGUCGAACCCAAGGUGAAGAGGUGUUACUUCGUCGCCGUUCUGGCGGUGAUGGUGCAGCGGGACAUCAUUCAAAGCCCGAUGCCAGGCAUGAUUGACAAAGUGAUCGAGGUCGCCGAAUCGGUGUACAGGGAAUUCGGGGAAUUGAAAUUUCACACGGAACAGAUUCUGCGCAACAUUACCCUCAUGAACAGGAUCUUCGAUUUACGGGACGUCGUUUAUCCCUUGGUCAGGCUCACGUUCAACCCUCGAACCAUGAAAAACGAUUUUUACGUCCAGGUAAGGAAGCACGUGAGAAAAUUCUUUAAAACGAGCUCGUGCGGGAUUUUGCACUUUACCAAUUGCUGUUACGGUUUCUGGUACUCGAGGGCGACGAACGCCUAUUAUUAUCUAGAUCCUUAUCAAUGCAACGAGAAGGGGAAGAAAGCGGAGCGAGGCGGCAAAGCGUGCCUCUGCAUAUUUCCCACCAUUUGCCAAAUGGUGAAGCAGAUGACGUUGAAUCAAUUCGAAGAGACGACGGGCUUCUUUAUACACCGCCUUCACGUGGAAUCGGUCAACAUGCCCCCGUUCAAAACGUUCAAGGAGGAUCCCAUGUGGUUGUACCUCGACUACCAUUGGAACUUCAGACACGCCCCUGACAUAGUCAAGAUGGGGAACAAGAGGAAGAAGCAGGAGAUGGAGAAGGAGGAGACGGAGCAAAACGUGAAGCAAUUCUGGAACAAUUACGCUAUCGAGGUGAUCAAUCUUAUUUACUCGGUUUGGGGCACGAUCGGUUGCUACGAUUCCAGAUUCGGGGAUCGGGCCGGUAGGAAUCAAGCGGCUAUCUGCAUCGCCGUCCUUGCCAUGCAGUAUCUCAGCCAUCCGUCGAGAUGGGGCCCCGCCAUAUUGGACUCGGCGGUGAUUUGCGGAGACUCGUACUACACGGAGAGUCUGAGAAGCUCGAUGAUACGAUGCACCAAGCAUUUCAACAGGUUCAACUUGCAGACCACUUUCAAGAUCUUCCCCCACGUGUGGAUCAUAGACUUCAGGGACAGCAUAUGCGGGAUUUUGUACGGGGCCCGUAACAGGAUGACCCUCGCCUGCGCCCUCAAAAAAUCCUUCGAAGAAUCCCCCAACGUUCUGAUCGAAUGCAACAAGAUCACGUUGGCCGCGCUGGCCGCCAAAGACGGAUACUACGUGGCCGACCCGUGCUGGGUCGGCCCGCCCCUCUUCACCAAAGACCACGGGGCCAUGUACGUUCUACGUUGCAGAAACAUGAACUCGUUGGUGUACGCGGUGAUCAAGAUGCUCAACACGAACCAGAGGCUCGACUUCCGCAUCUCCCCCAUCCUGUUCACGUUCCAACAGGAGGACUUCGCCGAUGUGGUGAAACGGGAGCCGAAGAGGAAGGUGUUGAUGGAGCCUCUGAGGACCACCCCGGGCAAAGCGAGCGAUCCUGUCGGACCUAUACCCGGCGCCCACACCACCCCCGACGAAGACUCUUACCUCACGUAUCGCAGGAAUCUGAGGGAGGGUUACGAGAAGAGUUACGAGCUCGAGAAUCCCCAGCUGCCCUCCGUCGAGCCCGUGUUGGAGAAGGACAACAUGACGAGCGCGCUGAUCAGCACCACUUGGCACUUGAAUCUGGGCCAAGCCGCCCCUCUCGAGAAAGUCACCCCACACGUGCCGGAACAAUGCGAGCAGCGGGUCGUCGACUCGUUCGAGCCCAUGUUACCCACCCAGAUGUCCAUCACCGACUUCUUGGAGGUUUGCGGUGGUUAUCCAACGGUGAUGGAUUUCACGAGCGAGCAACCGCCACCGAAGAGGCCGCUCGAGUGCACAGCCGCGACCAGCUUCCUCACGGAAACGGCACGCCAACAGUUCCGAAUCCACACCACCGACAUGGCCAACGAGGUGUACAAGACUUACAAGCAUCGGCUGCCAAUGUUGGCCAGGCAGAGGAUGAUGCGGGAGGAGAUAGGCGAGAUAGGCGAUAUUCAGCCUACCGAGGAAGAGGCGAAGCAGAACUCGCCCGAUACGGAGGCGGAGACGGAGGAAGAAACGUUCACGGAGACGGAAGCCACCGAGGCCACCGAUGAUACUGGAUAUUAA